UUUAAUAUGACAAUUAUUGAAUAGUUAUUAACUUGAAUAAAUUGCGGAAGUUAAAGGCCAUUGGUAAUUUAAAACGUCAAGUUUAAGUGUGCAAAAAAAGAAAGGAAAAGAGGAGUGGGCUUAUUCAUUGUUUCUCUGAAGUGUGUUACAAUAACCGGUAAAUCCUGAUUGAAAGAAGUGAUUACAACUUUUUAAUACGACAGACAGGACGGUUAAUCCUCAUUCAUAACUCAGUUUGGUUUAUGAUCGUUGGCUUUUUGUGUUUGCUUUAAAAAUGGAUACUUAUAGUAAAUAAAAAUGGAGGUUUCACGAAAGAGGGAAGGCAAUUUUUCGAGGAAAAGUGAAUGUUUAGGAUGUACACCUUGUUCGCAAGACAGAAAGUACGAGAAACCGGAAGCUUUCUGUACCAGCUGUGAAGAAUUUCUUUGUUUUGUUUGUGCAAAAGUCCAUAGGAACCAAAGAAUAACAAGACAUCACGCUCUUCUAGAAAAUUCCGAAAUGCCUAGCUCCAUUGUUUCAGAUUUUUCCAACGAAGGUAUUUGUACUGAAAUAUGCAGUGGGCACCCCAGCGAAUUCGUGAAAUACUACUGCACGUCCCAUCUGGCAUUUCUGUGUGGCGACUGCGUAAUUAGAGAACAUAGGAAUUGCGAGGUUGAACACAUUCCAAAUGUUUGCAAGGAUUAUAGAAAUGGAGUGGAAUAUACGUCAAUUGUCGGAGAUAUCACAACAUUAGAUUAUGAGUUCAAAUAUUUUAAAAGUGCUUUAGAAAAGUCCAUCCACUCUGCUCAGCUUCUUGAAGCACAGCAGAAACAAGCUAUUCAAGAUUACAAGUUCAAUUUAUUUAAACGUAUUGAACAGAGCGAACGUAAACUUAUUGACAAGAUAGAAGAAAUUAAAACAAAAGACGAGACACGAUUAACAACCAUGAAAGCAAAAAUUCCGGGUGUAUUAAGUUCAAUUAAUUCAAUUAAGUCUACACUUCAUUCUAAGAAUGUUAACAGUUCCCAGCUAUAUGUUGAAGCUAAACGCGCAAAGCAAGAAGUUGCCAAGUUACGUUUAGCAUUAGAUAGAAUGAGGAUAGAAAACACAAUACAGAAAUACCGAUUCAAAGGGGACAUAUUGUCAGAGAGUAUGCUUGCAACAAAUAACGUGUUAGGAUCGAUUAAAGAAGAUGAUAAUGACGAUGAUGCUCUUACUGACACUACGGAUCAUGAUUUGAUCACAGAUAGUAAAGAUAUGGUCGAAAAGGUUAUGGUUGGCAGAGCAAAGGAACAGUUCACAGAAGACCUCACAGAUUGUGAUGACGCGAAAGAUUUUUGUGGUCAACUUUUGCCUUUUGUAAAAAAACUGCCUGGUAUUAACGCAAGUAUCCCAUCCGACUGGUCGUUUUGCUGUCUGAAUAGUCUACAGGUCCUUCCAAACGAUAGGCUUUUAGCCACAGAUCAGGAAAAUGCAUGUAUAAAGUUAUUCAAUACCAAGACUAACCUUUUUAUAUCACAUCUCAAGCUCGCUGGAAAACCAUCGGAUUCGUGCAUAGUACCAAGUCACAGAGUUGCUGUAACUUUGCCGAUGGAAAGACAGAUACAUAUUGUGGACACACAAGAAGAACUAAUUUUAGUGGAUAGAUUUACUGUAAAUGGGUCUUGUCGGGGAAUUGCAUAUUAUGAUGAUCGAUUUAUCGUCUCAUAUACGGAACUGCCAAGAGUAGAAAUACUUGAUGUGAACGGAGAAACACUAGAAAUUGUUUUGAACGCUAGUUUGCAUUCACAAAUAUUCCAAUACCCUAACCAUUUAAGGGUUGAAACAGGACAUAAGCAGUCGUUUAUAUACGUAUCUGAUCAAAAGGCAAACAUGAUUAUAAAGCUAAACAUGUCUCUUCAAGUUAUUAACACUUUCUCCGGUGAAAGUCUACGUGCCCAAGGUAAUAUAUGCGGAGCUGGAGAGAAUAUGCUUUUGGUUUGUGCGACAAAAAAUAACGGCAUCGUUGCUCUCGAAACAAAGAGUGGAAACAUGAAAACAAUUUUUGGACAAAAUGACGAAAUUGCAAAGCCUAUUGCUACGUGUGUAUGUCGCGAACAUAAUCGGAUUUUUAUCAGCAACGAUGAACGUGGGAAAAGUGACAUAAUACUAGUAUUCGAGGGGAAAUUGAAGAAAUCGACAGAAUGUAGCCAUGGUUAAAUAUUUUGAUGAUACACAAAAGGAGCAAUCCUUCGGAACAUGAUUCAAAACACAACCGAAGUAUAACAAGAGAUGUUUGUCAAACAUUAUGCCCCCCUGAGCGCCAUGUUGUCAGGAUUAUAUGGACAAUUGAAUGAAAUAUGCAUGGACCGAAAUGACAGCUGAUUUGUUGCUGUUUUAAGAUUAUGACCAUUAAAGUGUGAGGAUAAAGUGUGUUAUGACCGUCAUGACCUUUGACUCUAUGAACUCAAAAUCCAGAGUCAUCAGCUGGUCACCAGAAACCUAAAUGACAAGUUUGAGGGCCAUGGGUGCAGGCGUUGUCAAGUUAUCACAAGACAAGUUUUUUUCGUUCAAGGUCACUGUGACCUUGACCUUUGACCCGAUGACCCCUUAAAUCAUAAGGGGUCAUCUACAAGUCAGAUGCAACUCCAAGUCAAGUUUGAAGGCCAUGGGUUCAGUCAUUGUUGAGUUAUCACUCGGACAACCUUUUACCAUUCAAGAUCACUGUGACCUUGACCUUUGGCUCUAUGAAUCCUAAAAUCAAUAAGGGUGAUCUACUGGUCAGGCUUAACAUCCAUGUCAAGUUUAAUGAUCAUAGGUUCAGGCAUUGUUGAAAUAUCAGUGGGGGAAGAUUUGUUAACUUUUUUGCGUUAAAGGUUACUGUGACAUUGACCUUGGCCUGAUGACCCCCAAAGUCGAUAGGGGUCAUCUACUGCGCAGGCCCAACCUUCAUGUCAAGUUUGGUCCAAGAAUUGUCGAGUUUGCUUUCAAGGUCACUGUGACCUUGACCUUUGACCCCUAAAAUCAAUAGGGGUCAUCUACUGGUCAGGCCCAACCUCCAUGUCAAGUUUGAGGGCCAUGGGUGCAGGCAUUGUCGAGUUAUCACUCGGACAACCCUUUACCAUUCCAGGUCACUGUGACCUUGACCUUUGGCCAGAUGACCCCCAAAAACCAUAGGGGUCAUCUUCUGGUCAGGCCAAUUCUCCAAGUCAAGUUUGAGGGUCAUGUGUGCAGGCAUUGUUGAGUUAUCAAUCGGACAACCUUUUACCAUUCAAGGUCACUGUGACGUUGACCUUUGGCCCAAUGACCCCCAAAAACAAUAGGGGUCAUCUACUGGUCAAGCCCAACCUCCAAGUCAAGUUUGAGGGCCAUGGGUGCAGGCAUUGUUGAGUAAUCACUCGAACAACCUUUUACCAUUCAAGGUCACUGUGACCUUUGACCCAUUGAGCCCAAAAAACAAUAGGGGUCAGCUACUGGUCAGGCCCAACCUCCAAGUCAAGUUUGAGGGCCAUGGGUGCAGGCAUUGUCAUUAUAUCACUCGGAAAACCUUUUACCAUUCAAGGUCACUGUGACCUUGACCUUUGACCCGAUGACCCCCAAAAACAAUAGGGGUCAUCUACUGGUCAGGCCCAACCUUCAUGUGAAGUUUGAUGACCAUACGUCCAGGAAUUGUUGAGUUAUCACUCGGACAAGCUUUGGUCUACCGACGGACCGACCGACCGACCGACAUACCGACAUGCCUGUGCAAAGCAAUGUACCCCUCUUCUUCGAAGGGGGGCAUAAAAAUAACCGAUAAUGUGUAUUGAUACGAAUCGUUUGUGGCGCGAUGGCAACACUCAAGACCAUCGGUUCAAGCGGUAUCUUUUUGAAAUGACCGCAAGAAAGACAGAACUAGCAAUUCCAUGCAGUAUGAACCAAGUACAUGUCUUUCUGACAAUGUGCCAUUAUACCAUAUAAUUUUAUGAGUUAAAUGCCUGGUUAAGACUAUUGCAUUGGUCUUUAGUAAUCCUUCAUAAGCGAUACUAUUAAGGCUUUAGUUGUUCAGUCAUUCGUAUUACACUCGAUAAGGUGUUGAUGUUGAUAAAAGCGUUAUGUUUGUUAUUUAUGGAAUUGUUUACCAACAUGAAAAUAUUGAUACAAAUCCUUUCAUUUAGUGGAGAGUAAUCUUUUAACUGUACGGUAUAAUCUCAUGCUUUUAUUUGUUUCGUGUCAGCCAACCAAUUAACAGCUUUAUUAUUUCGCUCAUUCAGCCAGGAUUGUAUUUUUUGGCAUGGCCAUCUAAAGAAAUUAAAAACAGCUACAAUUUCUA